UUUUUAAAUUUUUUGGCGCUAAACAAAUACAUUCAAAAAGGUUGUGUAAAUACAAAGCACAAAUACCAAUUAAAAUACUUUGUUUAUAAAAUUAAAAUCGCAAUUUUCCAAACGAAAAAUGAAAAGUUCUAAAGUGAAAUCGAGAAUAAGGAAGGAAGAUUUGAAUCCAGUGUUUCAUUUUAAGGAUAAAGCAGAAGAUGACAAUAUUUUAACACCACAACUUAUAAAGCAAACAUUAAAAACAGGAAAAAUUGAGCUAGUUGGAAAAAACUUGAAAAAUAUUCCUGAAAAAGUUUUUAACAUACAAGAUCCAGUGAAAGUUAAUUAUAACGUAGUGGAUUUAAAUAACACACCAAAUGAAGAUGACUUGUGGUGGAAUCAAAGGCAUAUUACACAUCUUGAUUUUUCGUCUAAUGUUCUCACUGAAAUAAAUCCCGAGAUCAGAAAUCUCUUGGACUUGACGGUUUUAAAUCUUCAAGAUAAUGCAUUAACAACUCUUCCGAAAGAAAUUGGUCAAUUGGAGAAAUUAACCAAGUUAAAUCUUAGCCGUAACAAAAUAAACGAACUGCCUAAUGACUUUUUUCGACUCCGUGAAUUAAAAUACCUAAACUUAUCUUAUAAUUGUUUAACUGACAUUUCUGCUGACUUAAGCGAUUUAGUAUAUCUUGAAAUUCUUGAUAUGGCUAACAAUAAAUUAGAAUUAUUGCCUGGUGGAAUUGGAUUUUUGACACGUUUAACAGAUUUAUCCGUGCAUCAUAAUAAGUUACAAGUUUUGCCUAAUGAUAUAACAAAUUUAAGAAAUCUUCAAAAAUUGGACAUCAUGCACAAUGAUUUAAAGUUUUUGCCACAAUAUAUGGGAGAUUUGCGAAAAAUUGAAUUUAUUUAUGCACAACAUAACGAUAUCGAUAAAAUGCCAGAUUUGGAGGGUUGUGAACAUUUGCAAGAGCUUUAUAUUUCAAAUAAUUUCAUUACAGAAAUACCUGAGAGAUUUUUUGAAAAGCUACCCAACUUGAAAGUUCUUGACCUUCGAGACAACAAAAUUACCAAAUUACCUGAUGAAGUCUCGAUGUUACAAAGUUUAAUGAGGCUUGAUCUUUCUAAUAAUUCUGUAUCAAGUUUGCCAACUUCUUUGUGUACUUUAGCACAUUUAGUAAGUUUACAAGUUGAUGGAAAUCCAAUAAAAUCGAUUCGAAGAGACAUAAUCGCAUGUGGCACACAUCGUAUUUUAAAAACAUUGAAAGAUCGUGAUAAAGGAUUAAAUAGUAAUGGUUACCCUAAAGUCAUUAAUUCGCCAACAAUUCCAGAAAAUCCGUUUCCUGAUAAAUAUCAGUUAAAGAAAACACGGAGUCUCACAUUGUGUGGUAAAGGAGUAACAGAAAUUCCAGAACAAGUAUUUUUGGAUGCUGUUGAGGCAGACAUUUCUAUAGUUGAUUUCUCAAAAAAUAAAUUAAAGCAGCUCCCAAAAGGAUUGACGAUUUUAAGCUCAAAAAUAACAGAAUUGAAUAUGAAUGGAAAUCAAUUGAUUGAAGUUCAGCCAUUUGUUUCGCAAUUUGAUCACAUCAAGUACCUGAAUUUAAGCUGCAAUCAGCUUGAUAAAUUGCCUGAUGAAGUCGGAUUAUUAAUUACGUUACGUGAAAUUAACAUUGCCAACAACAAAUUUAUAGAAUUCCCAAAAUGCAUAUUUGAAUUGAUUCAUGUCGAAAUUAUUUUUGCAUGCGAUAAUAAAAUUGAAUCAAUAGAUGCGUCAGAUAGUGGAUUAGCAGCGUUGAAGCGUUUAGCUAUAUUAGAUUUAUCAAACAACAAUAUAAAUCAUGUUCCACCAACAUUGGGCAACAUGACUCAAAUUACAAGCUUGCUUUUGCAUGGAAACAGCUUCAGAAGUCCACGUAUACAAGUUCUUGAAAAAGGAACAGUAUCUAUCCUAUCUUAUCUUCGAGAUCGCAUACCAAAAGAAUUUUAAAUUGAAUGCUUUACAAAUAUUUGCCAUACAUAAAUUAAUUUAAGCCUUUCACAGUUACCAAAAAUACAUAUAUGUACCAGAUAAAUUGAUCAAAUUUAUUUUAUUUUUAUGCCUGUUGUGUUUAAAUCUACUAGAAAAUAUAUUUAAGUCCCAGUGAACCCCUUGAAAGUCUUGAAAAAUUCUUGAGCAG